AUGUCUCAUUGCAAUUUUCGUCAAAUUUACUUCUACGAGUUCAAACUGGGCCGGGCUGCCGCUCAAACCGCUCAAAAUAUCAAAGAAGUAUGGGGCCAGGGAAGUAUCAACGAAUGCAUAGUACAACGUUGGUUCCAAAAGUUUCGUGCCGGCAACACCAGCCCCGAAGACGAACCACAUGGCAGCCGUCCACCAAUACUUGAUAACGACUUAUUGAGGGCGACAGUCGAAGCUGAUCCAUGCAAAACCACACGAGAUAUUGCCAAGAAGCUCAAGUUCGGAAGGAGGAGAAGCAGAAACUGCGAAGUUUAUGCCCGGCAUUGA